CGACGAUGAAGCUCACCACGACGGGCAUAAUAUCAGCGCUAUGCUGGAGCGCGCGCAUCGGUUCGGCCAGCACCGCGCAUAUCCUCACAUACGACCCUCACCCGCAGCCUAGACAUGACCCGCAUUCGAGAACGCUGUCGCCCGUGCCAGCGAGGUUACUGCUCGCGCAAAGGGCAGGCGUGGAGGACUAUCAUAGAGCAGAUAUAGCCAGGGACGAAGUGAUCGAUGCCAUCAAUGCCUAUGGACUGCGGCAUCGCAUGUUCACGGAGCAGCGUGAUGGCCCAAGGAGAGCUUUGAUCCUGGUCGAAGGCGCUGAAGGGAAAGAGCUCGACAGCCUCCGCUCAGCAUAUACGUCUGUGCAGGUGUCUCCAGCACCGGCAGCGCAUGCCAGCAAAGGUCUGUUCGUUGACCUCAUAAAGCAAUCUGACCCACGACCCCUCGCAGCCCUUUCGGACGAUGCGGUCCUUGCCAACAUCAAGGAGACGAACAACGUCGUCGUGAAUGGCGAUAUGUUCUACGUCGCUGACUCGCUGGCCGAUGCCAGUGCAAUGUUCGAGAAGCUUGCGAAGAGCAACGAGUGGAGCAUUACCGCGCUCAUCUCGCCACCGGCAGACCUCUCUGCAAAGCAAGGAAAGGAAGAGAAGUUCCAAUGGGGAACCUACGAGAUCCCGCAACGGCAAAUCAAGGCAAAGCGAGACCGAUCGCCAAAGGAGGAGCCUCUGACAGAAACACACGACUUCAAGCCCGUGCAGAGCUUCUCUGCUCCAGCCUCCUCUUUCGCCAACAAUACUACACCACUUCGCGGCAUCCUUCCGGCCUGCUUCACCUCGCAGUCCGCAUGCGAAAGUGCAACAAGGAACUGCACGGGACACGGUGAAUGCAGCAAGAAGUACCACGAUCCCGACUCGCUGGCACCCGGUGGCAGUACAGGCCUGGACUGCUGGAGCUGCCAGUGCAAGUCGACCAAGAGCAGCGAUGGCAAAAAGACGACUGUCUGGGGUGGACCAGCUUGCCAGAAGAAGGACGUCAGCGUGGAGUUCUGGCUGAUCGCUCUCUUCACCGUCGGUCUGGUCUCGCUCAUCGGAUUUGCUGUUGGCACCCUGUUCUCGAUGGGAUCGGAAGAGCUGCCGAGCGUUAUCGGCGCAGGCGUAUCAGGGCCAACGGCGAGGAAGUAGAAAGGAUAAUUUGGGGAGUGACGGAAUAUGUACCAGAAGCAUUGGCGCGGCGUUCGGCGCGAAAGAGAGACGUCUAUAAGUGCGAGACGGUAUGUGAUAUGUACCACCUGAAUGUACAAGUUUGAUAUGAG